GUCCCGUCCCAAACACGUCCGUCGCAAACAGAAGCACCAACGCGAACACGAACAGAAACACGAACACGAGCCCAAAUUCGCAGCUCCAACACCGCACAAUGGAUGGUUUCUGGCCAGGAUCUGAUAGCGAGAAUGGCUUCAUGUCAUUCGUGCAGCCAGACCAGCGUACAGUCGGUCAGUAAAAUCUCUGCAGCCUGGGCGUCAUGCGCGCGGUAGGGAGUCCUAGAAUAGUCAGGCUGAUAGUACCAGAUCCUAUCGAUGUUAUGUCUCCGCAGAGCAGGUUCUCAGACCAAGCCUCAAUCAACAGAGCGAUGUUCGUCGCUAUCGAAAAGAUGCACGGGGACCUUGUUCGGACUUCUGCUUCCAACCAAGUGCUCUAUGAGCACGUGGGAAUUUUGAGAGGUCGCGUAGACUCUCUCGAGAAAGAGAAUACACAGCUCAGGGCUCUCGUUGACAAUCUUCGCGCGGCGAAACGACCGGUACCUAAAUUAAGCCUAGCUAUAGACAACUUGGAUAUCAACGAGAAACUCCGCUUGGUCACACCUUCCACAGGCACCCUAUCAGGCACCACCCUCGCUUUCCCAAGCAGGCCUACCACAGGCACCGGCGUCGCUUUUCCCAAGGACGAGGCAUUGUCUAGCGCUGCGUCAUCCUUCGCAGAGAAUACUGCAAGCUCUUCUGAUGCUGGUCCGUCAGUUCCCCGCACUCCAGCCAAAGUUCCUCCAACUCCUGUUACCCCGGGAAGCCGCACGGUCCUCUAUAAAAAGGACAAACACGAUCUAACCGCCAAGUUGCCCCUGGCCAACCUGAAGCUGCCCCUAGUUCCGCUCACCGAUGUGGAAUUGAUUGUGUUCUUCUACAACUCUUCAUCGCGACCGAUCGUUGCCGUCCGCCUCUACGCUCGAGGCGGCCCGAAUAACAUUGCACAAAUCAUCAACGAGCACCGCGUAGUCAACCCGGAUGGUUACAAGCGCAACACAUGCAGCGUUCACUGUAACAAGGCCGUCAAGACUUUCAUCCGCGACAAUGGAGAAGACCGAAAGAAGCAGAUGUCUGCCUUCUUCGAAGCGGCUGGCGACCUAGAGGCAACGAAUGCAAUUCGCCACACGGAGAGCGAGUCAGACAUCACAUGCGAUUUUCCAAUGCUUGGUCUUUUCAAGGACUUGAUAAAGCUCCCCUCUGGCGCCCAAGCUGGCAUAUUCACCGAAUGCGCUCGGUGGUGCCGUGAUCACCACGUGGACGCUAUGGUAUCUCAGGCUCAUCUCAUUGCGGAAGCGUUACAAAAUGGCACUGAUCCCCAUGAGAAUCUCAAUUCUCCCGCGCGAUGCGCUCAAACAGAUACCGCCAUGCCUGACGCGGCCGACGGAGACAGGAACGCUGGCGAUGUGGCGGGUGUCGUGAACAAAGACAAGACACCCGCAGCUCCCGAGGUGAGCGCCACUCUGGUGCGGGAUGAAAGUUCCAACUUAACAAUUUUGAGCGGAGAUGAGGCCCUUGCUCCAUCCACAACAUCCGGAAAGUCAGUCAAGGGAUUCACUGUCAAAACCGAGGACGCGGGCCCAGAGUAGCAGCUGUUUGGAUACUUAGAUUGCUUUGAUCGACAAGCACCUCCUGACGAAGUUUUCGCGUACAUUUCAUGAAGGAUUCUCUCUUGGGCGGCGUUGUGUAAUGAACAGGAUAAUGUUUUGCAGGGGUGUUGUUAAACACUGCAUAUAUUUCGAAGAGCAAAAGUUUCAACGGUUCGAGGAAUUUGAAGUCUUCUUGCAUUCUGCUGGUGUCCAUGUGGUCAGCUCUUCUCACC